AUGAAAUAUUUUCUAACAAAAUCAUGCGGUAGACAAUCGAUACCGACAUUUGUUGAACCUGUAAUGGAGAAUGUUACCGCUAUCAAAGGUCAGGAUAUCGAAUUCAAAUGUGAAAUAUCAAAACUUGGCAAACAUAUGGUAGCAUUCGUUCGAGCAGAUACGCCACCAAGAUUGAUCGCUUUUGAUGAAAAUGUAUUUCGACAACGACACAAAUAUGAAAUUAGACGAUCAAUGAAGAACAAUGAAUGGAUUUUAGUCAUCAAGAAUGUUCAAGAAAAUGAUAUCGGUGGUUACUCAUGCCAACUGAACACCAAUCCAGUACUUUCAAAAACUGGUUACCUUCGUCUCAAAGUACCACCAUAUGUGGCUCGAACAACAGCAGCAGUUGUAGAGGUACGUGAAGGACAAAAUGUUACAUUGUCAUGUCGAGCAUUUGGUGAUCCACCACCAACAAUUGUUUGGCGAAGGCAAGAUCGACAAAUUAUUCGUUUUAAUAGCGCAACUGGCUAUGGAGCAAGCGUGUUCAAUGGUUCCGAUAUGACAAUCAUUAAAGUAAAUCGCAAACAUAUGAGCGAAUAUAUUUGUGUUGCAAGUAAUGGUGUACCACCGGAUGAGUCAUGGAGUGUGAAAUUACAUGUUACCUUUAAGCCAAUAGUGGUACCACAAGCUGAAAUUGUCCAGGUAGCACUUGGUGGUCAGGUUAGUUUAAUUUGCAAUGCAGAAGCUUGGCCAAGGCCUUCGGUGAAAUGGGGAAAAGAUGGACAAGAAAUAUUUGACUCUUCAACAUUUUCACUUUCAAAUCAAUUAGCAGAAAAAUAUCGCAGCAUACAUACAUUGACAAUCAAAAAUAUUAGUAAAAAUGAAUUUGGUACUUAUCGAUGUAUUGCGAUAAAUGACAACGGUGAACACUUCGCUGAUAUUGUUGUGAAAGGUGAAAAUUUAUGA